AUGGAGGAAGAAAGUAACAACAACAACAACAACAACAGCAGUAGCAGCUGGUUAAUUCUUGUUCUGUCUGUAAUGUUGUUUAGUCUUGUAAUAGUUAAAGUUAUGUCUUUGUUAUGGUGGAGACCAAGAAAAAUCGAAGAACAUUUCUCUAAACAAGGGAUUCGUGGUCCUCCUUAUCAUUUCUUCAUUGGAAAUGUUAAAGAACUUGUUGGUAUGAUGCUUAAAGCUUCUUCUCAUCCUAUGCCUUUCUCUCACAAUAUCCUUCCUCGUGUUCUCUCUUUUUACCAUCACUGGCGAAAAAUCUAUGGUGCUACAUUUCUGGUUUGGUUCGGUCCAACUUUUCGGUUAACAGUAGCUGAUCCAAAUCUAAUCAGAGAGAUCUUCUCCAAGUCUGAGUUUUAUGAGAAGAACGAAGCUCACCCUUUGGUUAAACAGCUUGAAGGUGAUGGACUACUUAGUCUAAAAGGCGAGAAAUGGGCUCAUCAUCGUAGAAUCAUUAGUCCUACAUUUCAUAUGGAGAAUCUUAAGUUGCUUGUGCCAGUGGUGUUACAGAGUGUGACUGAUUUGCUUGAUAAAUGGUCGGAGAAGUUAUCUGAAGACGGUGAAAUUGAAGUUGAUGUCUAUGAAUGGUUUCAGAUUUUGACUGAAGAUGUUAUUAGUAGAACAGCUUUUGGUAGUAGCUAUGAAGAUGGUAGAGCAAUUUUUAGACUUCAAGCUCAACAAAUGCUUCUUUGUGCUGAAGCUUUUCAAAAAGUCUUCAUUCCUGGCUAUAGAUUUUUUCCGACAAGAGGGAAUCUUAAGUCUUGGAAGUUAGACAAAGAGAUAAGGAAGUCGUUGUUGAAGCUGAUAGAGCGGCGGAGAGAGAACGUUGUUGUUGUCGCUGAUGGAGACGGCGAAGAAUGUAAAGAGUCGCCGACGACGGGUAAGGAUUUGUUGGGAUUAAUGAUUCAAGCAAAGAAUGUGACGGUUCAAGACAUUGUGGAGGAGUGUAAAAGCUUCUUCUUUGCCGGGAAACAGACAACUUCUAAUCUGCUGACGUGGACGACCAUCUUGCUAUCCAUGCACCCAGAGUGGCAGGCCAAAGCACGUGAUGAGGUCCUCAGGGUAUGCGGCUCACGUGAUGUCCCUACUAAAGACCAUGUCGUUAAGCUCAAAACGUUGAGUAUGAUCUUGAACGAGUCUCUAAGGUUGUAUCCACCUAUUGUUGCUACGAUUCGACGCGCUAAAUCGGAUGUGAAGCUAGGAGGGUACAAAAUCCCUUGUGGUACGGAGCUUUUAAUCCCAAUUAUAGCGGUCCAUCAUGACCAAGCUAUAUGGGGAAACGAUGUAAACGAAUUCAAUCCAGCUCGGUUUGCGGAUGGAGUGCCGCGGGCUGCCAAACACCCCGUUGGCUUUAUACCAUUCGGCCUCGGAGCCCGGACGUGUAUUGGUCAGAAUCUUGCUAUACUUGAAGCUAAAUUAACACUCGCUGUAAUGUUGCAACGCUUCACCUUUCACUUGGCUCCUACUUACCAGCAUGCACCUACCGUUCUCAUGUUGCUUUAUCCUCAGCAUGGUGCACCAAUCACCUUCAGGAGAUUGACCAAUCAUGAGGAUCGCUAAGAGAUAAUAAAAUUUGUUCCAGACUUGGAAGAAAAAUGUCUCGAGCUUUUCAUAACUGACAUGCUCUUUUUGUUGUCAUUUUUUAACCUUCAUAAAUAUAUAGUUUUUAACUUUUAAACAAUUUUUUUCCUUA